AUGGUGUACGAUUCUGGGUACCGACAGUUGUUCCGCCUGUUGGGAUAUCCCGGGUGCGAGAAAGAGGCGGAGGAAGUGGUGUCCAUCUUAGCGAGCGAGAACGAACGAGCGAUGCAGUUAUUGGACGUGUCGUGCGGUCCCGGCGUGGUGACGAAAAGUAUCAUCUCCUCGAAGAUGUUUGCGAAAGUUUACGCGCUCGAUUUUUACGAGAGCAUGUGCGAACGAGCGAAAGAAACGUUCGAGAGAGAGUGCACCACUGGGAACAACAACAGUUACGAAGUCGUGCGAGGAGACGUGUCGGAUUUACCGUUCGCGAACGAAACGUUCGAAAAAGUGUCCUCGACGGCUGGAAUGCACUGUUGGCCAAACCCAGUGAAAGGAAUGAAAGAAAUCAAAAGGGUGUUGAAACCGUCCGCGAGGAGCGACGAAGACGAUUGGGGCGUUUUGUUCAGCACGGUCGUGUUGCCGCGGAAAGGCAACGAGACGAGAGAGACGUACAAAUGGGAGACGAAUAAGCCGUUUUUGGAUCGCGAGGCGGUUUUGGAUAUCGUGAGAGAGAGCGGGUUCGACGAAUACGAAGUCGUGAUGGAAGAUAAGGCGUAUAUACUCGUCAAAGCGCGGUACUUUUAG